GCAAGGUACACACGGAGGGAGUGAGCAGAGUGCGCGCACAAGGAACUCGAGAAAGCCUUUAAAGAAAGCUGAGCUCGCUGCAGAUCGACCGGAAAACAGGGCAGAGACCUUCAAAGCCCGACGCUCUCCACUCUUCUCCCCGACGCUCGGAAGUCCAGCAGCGGCUCGCUCCCAGAUCCCGAGAACCCACCGCGUCUGAUCCAGCACGGGGUGGCUACUGAGCUAGGGAAUGGCGGUCUUCGCUCACCGGUUGCUGGCCUCCGCGCUCCUCGCGCUUCUCCUCUCGGCCGCCUCGGCCGCCGACACAAAGAAUAACCCUGCCGAUGAGCUUGUGGCGUUGCUCAACAGCAAUCGCACAGCCGCCAAGGCAUCUAGUCUUGCUGAUAAUCAAGGUCUUGGAUGCAUUGCUCUGCAGUACAUUAAAGCAUAUAAGGGUCAGUGUGACCAGGUGGGGGGAAACAAGAAGCCAGUAGAAUCCAGUUUCAUUGACACAUUUGCCCCAAACUGUGGUGUCCAAGCGACAACUCUUGCCAAGCUCACUGGGAGGCUUCUGGCGUGCCAGUCCACCUACCCACCUCCAGCUCAGGCCCUCGACAUGCUGAUUUCCGAUUCAAAGAGCCUUCAGGUAUUGCAUAGCAAGAACCACACAGAGGUUGGCGCAGCGGUCACCGGCACUUCUGGUGGCGGGCCGUACUUCUGGUGUGUCUUGUUCAGCAAUGGCAAGCCCAAUUCCAGCUUCACCGUAGAAGGUGGAGUGCCCAAGACUGCCCAUCCAGGAUGCUUCAGCGGCAACAAUGAUGCGUGCAGUAGUGCCAUUUCGAGCGGUGUGAGUACAUGGAGACUGGUUUCAGCCCUUCUUUUCUCAGUGGCUACUGCUUUUGCCUUUUGAGCCUGAAUAGAAAUGCCAUGGCGCACCAUUCCUUUGCUCAUUCUCAGAAAUGGUUGCUGUGCUUGCCUGCCACGCCCACCAUUUUGUUGGUUUGUUUUAGCAGGGUAAGGAUUUAAGGAAUCGUGGUUUUCAGUAUUUGAGAAUUGAGACAACAAGUAACUUGUACACUCUGUUGUCUAAUGUAUUUUUUGUAAAUCUUUGGGAAUUCUCAGUAGUUAUUGUUACGCCAUUUUAAGUGGCUUCUGAGCUGUCUAAAUUUCCAAUUGAAUAUGAUUUCGACAGCCAGUGCAGCAACCUUGUGUUAACAAAAAUAUAAGAUGUUCUUUGUUCUUUUGGAAUGACAGAAUUUCAGGUGAAAGUCA